AUGCUUACCGACGUCCCCAAUUCCGUAUUUUCUGCGUUCUCCUUCAUAGGCUUCGUCCUCGUCUUAAUACCGUUUUACUGGCAUUUAGAAGCAUGGAACACGGGCACGUGCCUUUACAUGGGCUGGACAGCCAUCCAAUGCUUGAACCUUUUUAUCAACUCUGUCGUGUGGAACAAUAAUGCCAUUAAUUGGGCCCCAGUAUGGUGCGACAUCUCUAGUAGAAUAUAUAUUGGCUCCAGCGUCGCCAUCCUUGCCGCGUCCCUAUGCAUAAAUCGUCGACUGUAUCAUAUUUCCAAAGUUGAAGCUGUUGUAGUUACUCGGCAGGAGAAACGCCGAGGUGUAAUGAUUGACCUUGCCAUUGGCUUGGGUAUACCGUUCUUGCAGAUGAUUCUUUCCUACAUUGUCCAAGGGCAUCGGUUUGAUAUCUUCGAAGAUAUAGGCUGCGAACCAUUUAUCUACAAUACCUGGCCUGCCUAUCCUCUCUCCAAAGUAUGGCCGCUAGCCAUAGCCAUGGUAUCCGCAGUUUACUCAGCCCUCUCGAUCCGCCAAUUUGUGAAACGAAAGACCGAGUUCAGCAAAUUCCUGUCCCCUCACACGAAUCUCACUUCCAGCCGCUACUUCCGUCUCAUGGCUCUCGCCGGCGUCGAGGUGCUCUGCGGCAUCCCCCUCUCCAUCUAUACGAUCUACCUCAACGUCACCUCAUUCCCAGUACAACCCUGGAUCUCUUGGGAAGACACGCAUUUCAACUUUUCGAAGGUCGACCAGGUCCCGGCUGUAAUCUGGAGAUCGAAUCCUGUGCUGCAAGCGUCUCUCGAGUCUAGCCGCUGGUUCACGGUCAUCUGCGCUUUCAUCUUCUUUGCGUUUUUUGGAUUUGCCGAUGAAGCGUUAAAGCAUUAUCGUCGCUUGUACGUCUUCGUUGCGAAAUGCCUUGGGUACGAGUCGGUAUCGGAGUCAAAAGCACCAGGCUCGUCUGUUUGGAAAACAAAGCCAGGACCUGUUAACGUGCGCGGACCGCUGAACAUCACUCUCCCCCUCCAUCUCAACACGCACCGUAGACCCCAGAGAGAUUCAGACCUAUCGUUCUCAGAUAGACUCGACUCUGUGAUAAUACUGGGCGAUAUUGACUCCUUCAUGGACGGGCACGAAAGCAAGACGGAUCGCCCAUUCUCAGGGCAACGGGCUGUGAUGCCGUCGUCAGCUGAACCCCAUCCGUCGGAAGCAUUGGAGCUGCAGUGGCCCGACGACCACUUCAUUCACGUUUCGUCUGUGCCUCGGCACGAUCUCGAUGCGCCGUUAUCCGUGAGACCGUCACCUCACAUAAGCACGAUUGAUAUCGUCUAG